UUAUUAAAGUUAUUUAUUUAAUGAAAAUACAUGUACAUUAUAUCAUUACGCUUUUAAUUUAGAUUGUAAUGUAAAAUCGGAGGUUAUGUGUAUAUUCUUUAAGUGAACUUGAAAAUCUCGAAAUAUUAUAUCAUUCUUCAUCAAUACACUUUAUAUGACAUAAUUUAUUAUGAAACAAUUAUUUAUUUAAUGAUAAUAUACGUACAUUAUAUUAUCACGCUCACAUAAGAUUAGAGGUUAUGUGCGUAGGCUUUGUUUAUGUGAACUUGAAUGAAAAUCUCGAAAUAUUGCGAAUAUUAAGGAAUAAAUCUUACUAUGUACUAUUGUAAAUUAUCAUUACGAGUUAUUAGAUAACACUUUUUUGUAUUUAAAAAAAAAAGACUGCAUUAAUAAAUUGAUACGUCAUGAUACGUAAAAUUUAUUAUAAAAUGGAAAACGCAUGUUAGGGAUAUGAAUAUUGGACACGUAGCAAACAUUUCAAAGAAAAUGAAUAACAAAUAGAUAACAUAUUUAAAAUAUUCGUGCAGAAUAACUUUUGUUACACCUCUGGUGGUUAUAUUGACGAUGAAUGUUAUUUUAAACGUGAUUCACCAAUUUUAUUCAUUCGCGAAAUCAUAUUUAUUUAUAAGUGACAUAUGAACUUUCGUAAUCGGUCAGAAAGUUAAUGACUGAUAUUGAAGUGACAAUUGUUUUUGGAAGUUUUCAAUUGUGCACCUGUUAAUACUUUCAUACCGUUUAUCUUAAAAUUUUUUUGUCUUUUUUUUCUUUCUGUACUGCUUUUUAUGUGUGGCAAAACGUACUUGGAAGGUGUUCAAAUUUUUCAUCCGUAAAAAACGUAAACAACAUAUGCAGUUAAAAAAUUAUAGAUAAAACUAUAUAUUUCAUAGGUUACAGGUUAUCAAAUUUUGUAUUUCUGUGCUCUUGUUCGAUUUCUACUCAAUUAAUGUCUCUCAUUCAAAGACAGUGUUGUGUAAAUCAUUAAUUACAUAUUAAGAACAUCACAGUUUGCCUCCAGGAAUUCAAUCAAGUAUCCAUUAGUUUCCAAGAUGUCUACAUCUAUGUCAGUUGACGAACGUAUGUUAAAAGGAAUAAGAAGAAUAAUUCCAAAUUUGAAUAAUACCAAGUACAAAGGUCAAGAUGGUCGAAUUGGGAUAUUUGGCGGUAGUACUGAAUAUACUGGUGCACCAUAUUAUGCAGCAAUGAGUGCACUCCGCACUGGAUGUGACCUAGUUCAUAUAUUUUGCGUGAAAGAAGCAAGCGUACCAUUGAAAUCAUUCAGCCCAGAGCCUAUUGUUCAUCCAGUUUUAGACCAGUAUGAUGCAAUCAAGCAAAUAAGACCAUGGCUUGAUCGUUUACAUGUGAUUGUGAUUGGGCCAGGUCUUGGAAGAGACGAUAAGAUAUUUAAAACCAUUGUUGAAUUAAUUUCAAUUUGUCGUGACAUGAAAAAGCCACUAGUGAUCGAUGCUGAUGGAUUAUUUUUAAUUAACCAGAAGCCUGAUAUCAUAAAAGAAUAUCCAGGUGUUGUUCUUACUCCAAAUGCGAUGGAAUUCAGUCGUCUUGUGAAAGCAGUAUUUGACAAAAAUGUCCCACCAACGCCAACGGUUAAAGCCAAUGAUGUUAAGCAUUUAGCAGAUACGUUUGGGAAAAAUGUAGUUAUUUUGCACAAAGGAGCUAAAGAUGUAAUUGCAGAUGGGCACAAAGGUACAGAAGCUGUAUCGUGUGGAUUAGCAGGUUCUGGAAGAAGAUGCGGGGGUCAAGGGGAUUUGCUAAGUGGAGCGUUAGCUGUAUUUUGGUGGUGGGCUAUCUGUGCAGGAAGUAGUGAAAGUGCUUUAUCACCUCCGAUAGCUGCAUGUUACGCUGCAUCUAGAUUAGUGAGAGAAUGCAAUGCGUCUGCAUAUAAGAUAAAGCAAAGAGGAAUGCUAACGUGUGAUAUUCUAGAGCAAAUACAACCUGUCUUUGCCAGAAUUUUUGAAACACAUUGCAACAAAACAUCAUCAUUCAAUGGGAGAAGUCGAACACGAAGCACUGAUUCCUGAAUUAUAUCUAUAAUAAUUUUAAUCUUUCAUUGUACCAACGUUUAAUAGGAUACAUUUCUGAACAUAUUAAAUUAUGGAACAAUAAA